AUGGCGGGGGUGUCGUUGACGUCUCACGAGGGGUACCACGUGGGCGAUGCGGUAUAUUUUAACCACCCAACAGAGUGCUGGGUUCGCGGGACGCUAACCACCAUCAUACGUGUGACUAAAAAAGAUGGCUUCACACAUGUGCUGUACGGAUGCAGUGCCGUGGUGUCGGCGCGAUAUCUUCCGUCCCUGAGUGAGAACCCCUCCCUGGUGCAUGUCUACCCGCUGCAACAGCAAGACGUCCAUCACAUUAUUGAGUCAUGCGUUGAGCCCACAGAGCACAACACCCUAAAUGACCUCCUGGAUCUCUCCUACCUGCACGACGCAACCCUACUGGAGCAGGUGCGUGUUCGAUACUACGAAAACCUCAUUUACACACACAUUGGCCCCAUCACACUCGCACUCAACCCAUACGACUUCACCUUGCCCAACUACACCGAUAAUAACAUGGCAAAGUAUGUCAUGGAGGGACCCAAGGUGAUUGAUGCCCCAUCUAAAAACCUGCCGCACGCCUGGACAGUGGCGCAUUACAGCUACUGGCGCAUGUGUUCGGAUAAGCGCAACCAAAGUGUUAUUGUUAGCGGGGAAAGUGGUGCUGGCAAGACUGAAACGGCCAAAAUUGUCGUGAAAUACAUUGGUGUUGUGUCUACCGCGCAGUGCAGUUUGCAGGAAAAGUCUGGCGCCGAGGAACUCACCCACAAGGUGAACCUCACCUCUCCCAUACUCGAGGCAUUUGGUAACGCAAAGACCAAGAAAAAUGACAACAGUUCUCGAUUUGGGAAGUUUAUGAAAGUUUUCUUUAAGCAGUCCCCAACCGGUGGUGUGAUGACGGGAGCCUCGAUUACAGUGUACCUCCUUGAGCGCUCGCGUAUUGUUACUCAUAGCAAAGGUGAGCGAGGGUAUCAUAGCUUUUACCAAUUACUUGCUAGCAAUGGAGACGCAGUCAAAAAUCGCCGCCUCAACAAGCUGCAGCUAUCCUGCGCCGAGGAUUACCGCUGCACCGCAGUGGGUAAUGCGACGACGAUUGAGGGAGUGAAUGAUGCCAAGGACUUUGAAGACGUGAUGCGUGCAAUGGAGUUUGUGGGCAUGACUGAGGCGGAAUGUAACGCCGUGUGGAACACUGUGGGAGCUGUUUUACAUCUGUUGUCGUUGGAAUUUAAGGCGCUAACGGAUGACGAGUGCUGCGUGGACAUGACGGCGCAGAACACCGCGGUUCACGUCCGCAUGGCGAAGGAACUCCUUGGUUUGCCUGAUGACACGUUUUUUAAGGAGCUUGUCACGACGACGCAGCUGACGCGCGGGGAAACGAUUGUGCGGAAGCUGCGGGUAGCACAGGCCUUGGAUUUGUGCGAGGGGAUUGCAAAGGUGUUAUAUGAAGCACUCUUUUUGUGGCUUGUAGGACGCAUCAACGAACUAAUAAAAUCCCCCUCCGAGGACGAACGCGAAGAAAUGCCGUGGAUUGGGCUACUUGACAUCUUUGGCUUUGAAAACUUCUCGAAUGGGAAUUCAUUUGAGCAACUUUGCAUCAAUUUGGCCAACGAGGCUCUGCAGAAUCACUACAACAGCAUUGUCUUCACGCGCGAUAUCGAGGAAUGCCACAAGGAGGGAAUUAACACGGAGGGUGUUGUGUUUUACGACAACCAGCCCUGUAUGGAUCUCAUCUGUGGCGUGGACUUCUCCGGCUGUGGCCCGGGUGGGUCGUCCAGGACGACGAACAAGAUGUCUAUUCUGCACCUUCUCGACGAGGAGUCCUCGCUUGCGAAGGGAAGUGACUUGGCCUUUCGCGAAAAGGUCUGCGACGCGUACGGAGGACGCCUACUCGACGGCAAAGGCGGACACCCAAACUUUUUACGUGUCAAGACCGACCGCAGUUCUUUUGUCGUUAGGCACUAUGCAGGGAAUGUCACGUACAACGUGGAGGGAUUUCGAGCCAAAAACUGCGAUGCGACGAAGCAGACGCUCAAGGAUGCCAUAUGCUCCAGUACAAUUCCCUUUGUGGCAUCCCUGCUUGACCGCAAAGCCUCCGGCGCCGGGAUGGCCGGAAAAGCCACGGUGAGCGCCUUCUUUAAGAAGCAACUGGUGCAGCUUAUGACGGAGCUCAACGGAACUCACCCACACUGGAUACGAUGCAUCAAACCACACGUCUCAAAAAAGCCGCGGAUGUUUAAUGGCUGUGAAGUCAUGACUCAGAUGCGUUCCGCCGGAGUUCUUGAAACAAUCAAAAUUCGUCAAAACUCCUUCUCGGUUCGUCUACCUUUCGCAGAUUUUCUACGGGCGCAUAAAGUGCUUACGUUGGAGUUGCAUCCCAGUGUACUCGCCUUUUGUCGUUCUCUCAGUGUGACCCUGGCAGGGUUUCAGGCACCGUUUCCCGCCAACGCCUCGGAGGGAGAGAUGGUGCGGGAGAUUCUGAGGCGUGCUGGCUCAGAUUCAAAUUCUCAAGGGCAAGUGGGGCGCACAAAAGUAUUCCUCAGGAUGGAGACCUCGCAGCACUUGGCUUCUAUCGUGCGUACCGCGCAGAAAGGCUGUUUACUGAUGAUCCAAGCGGCUACCCGGUGGACUUCGUCAUGUGGCACUGCCCACAGAAAAUAUCUUCGUCACCAACUUCAGCUUGUCGCCGCAGCUUUGCGCUCGAUUUGUUCGCAGUUGUGGAUGCGGCGGAUGGAGUUACGUCAGAAGGAGAAUUACUUUUUAACUGUCUUUCGAUGGAUUCUACUGGUUCAGAACGCGGAGGCAGAAAGGCGUAGCUGCUUGGAGGAAGAGGAGGGUACGACGCACUUGCUUUUAUUGCACAGUGCGGAUAAGGAAAGAGACGCCAUCACGCAUCUCUUGCUGAAGCGAAGAGAAGAAGAGGAUGCUGCGAUACAACGUGCGCUUAUCAUUAUGGAGAGUGAAGCCCGCUGUGCCCUUGAAAAGGAUGGCGUUGUCUCUCUGAAGUGUCUCUAUGAGGCAAUGGGAUUAAUUAUACUUGAGGAGAAUGCACGCGACGACCUGGAGCUGGAGGAGACAAUGGAGCGGAGAUCUACCCUUGAGCAUGCGCAGAGGGAAAUGAACAGACAUUUGGCGCUGUGGUUUGUUCACGUGACGGAGAAGCAGCGAUUGGAGUUACUAGAAACGGAGGGCGCACACCGCCGCAGAACGACAGAAGAAGAGAGCACAACAUUUGCCCUCUUGUGUGGCUUGCACCGUCUCCUUUUAUCGGAGACGAUGGCCCGGGGUUUCCUUCUUGAGGAAGAGUCCGAUGCCUUUUCUGACUGGCGUCAGGGCUGGGAUAGUGAGUGGCUACGUAUGGAAAAGCUUUGGCUGGCACGCAAUUGCAUCACCGGUCGCCGCAUGAUUCUGCUUUUGCAGAAAAGUGAAGUGGAGGCUAGACGAAGGGUGGAGUAUUUGUACAACCACUCCGUUGUGGAGCUACUCGAGGCUGCUGUGCAGGGGGAGGCGCGCGCUCUAGAAAGCGAAAGGGAACGCCUGGCACUGGAGGAGGAGGAACGACGGCUGUUGGAAGAAGAGGCACACUUCAUAGCGAAUGAGGAAGAGCGUCGACGCUUCAACGCCAUCCGAGAGGCCGCACAGCAACAUUGGAGUAACUUGCUGGAAGAAGAACGACUUGUGAAGGAGAUCAAACGAGUUGAGAAGGCGAACCAAACUAUUCUCGCAGCCAAGGCAGAACUCACGCGUGAGUACACGCUACUCUGCCGGCGGAAGGAAAUUGCAGGCGGGAGGUCGAGUCCCAUGGCCAACAAAUUUAGGGACAUGAGGGAGCUUGAGGAGCACCGGCAUCAUCAGAAGGCCCUCUCGCAUAAGCUUGCGACGAACCAAAAGUUACUGCUUGACAUGGAAAGGAAUUUAAUGGUGUUUCGCUCCAAGACCUCGCUAAGGCCCCCUUCACGACAAACGCCCUCGUUGGUCCAGUCUACAAGUUCGCCCCAGCCGCGGGAAGAUAUCUCGCUUCACGCGUUGCAACACGUCUCUGUUAGCGGGGAGGGAUCUUUGCACCUUAUUCACCGCAUGCAUCUAAUGAAGGGGCUCGCCAACAGCCGUGCGCGAGAGUCUAGCAGGAUGCCUGGCGCAUUGACUGCGGCGAACCGUCUGGAGGUGUACCGCAAAUCUCGGGAAAGGAGGAAGCGUGAGGCAUCGGCGGCACAGAUAACAAAAACGAAGGCCCCGUCACCUUGCAGUGAUUGCGCGGAGCGAGAAAUGCGCACCCGCUUGACGUCAGCGCAGCGCCCUCCCCCAGUGGACUAUUGUCUCCAGCGUAACCCUUUUGAGGACGACUGGGCUCCUGCCCCUCCUGACGCUGACGCGUUGUAUUGGGUGUCUACACCACAAGGGGAACGGGUCCCAUUGCUGCCUGUAGAGAAGUACAAUUUCUCCGGCCCUCGGGACAAUGACACGAAUGGGUGUGGUUGUAGAGAUUACCGCGAUCCCUAUUUAUACUGCUUUGCUCGUUAG